ACAAGAGCCCAAUCGAUUCAGUGAGAAAUGUCUUUCCUCUGGAAGGCGAGGAUUUUCACCAGCACUUGUACCUUCACAGUGCAAGCAUCAAACUUCAAUAAAUUGACUCCCAAUAGGAUAGUCAAUCACAUCACGAAAAAGGGAUUGCCGUCAAUAUCACAGCUGCGACUUCACAGCACAGAAGACAAUUACGCAAGAACAAUCUACAUUGGGUCGUUCUCGGCGAAUAUUAAACGUGUGAAGUUGUUCUCAUUCACCACCUCCAUCGUGAAUUUUGUGAUGCAAGGGUAUCUCAUGCCAACGAUCCUGGCUAGUAAUAACGUACUUGCUCUCGGUGGUACUCUCUUGUUAACUGCAUGCUUCGGUGUCGGGACUCCCAUUCUGCUACACCUUGUCACUCGAAAAUAUGUGACGAAGAUGACAUACGAUGAUACGAGGGAUGUUUAUACCGCUAGUGUAUACACUUUUUUUGCGUCUGAGAGACAGAUUGAAUUCACUCCAGAGGACGUGUCGAAGCCAGCAAUGCGUGAGCUACUCACAACCUGCUAUGUACACGAUACGCCCCUUUUAUUCAACUUCGAAAACUUCACAGACAUCGACCACUACAGUAGAAUCCUCGGCUACGAUAAACCCAUGGACUUCCAAUUAGAAGGUGAAAAAGACCUCAAAUCUGUGACCGCUCCCAGACAAAAAAAUGAUUAAAGUAAACUAGUUUACAGUUGAA